UUUUUCUUGUUGAUAAAAUUUGACUUCACAAACUUGGCAACUGCUAAGAGCUUAACAAAUUCCUAAGAAUUCAAGAUAUCCAUGUCUGCUCCUUUGGUUCUCGCUCCCAAUUCGAAUACCCUCUGUUAUCACCAUUCCAAUUCUUUUAUCAACCAAAAAACUCUUCUUUUUUCCAAAUCUUUCAAUUCUAAAUUUACCAGCUUUUCCUCUCAAUACAAUGAUAAUAAUAAUCCCAUCAAGAACGAGGAGCAAUGCAAUCUUGAAUUUGAAAAUCAAGAUUAUGGGUCAUCAAGUUCAGGAAUUAAAGGGCCUACUGCUCCAUGGAUGAGGGGUCCUCUUCUUCUUGAACCUAAUCAAGUUUUGGACUUAUCCAAAUCAAGAAAGAAGAAAGAUGCCAAUUUCGCUAAAACCCAAAACCCUAAUGAUACACUUUCUGGUAAAGUUAGUGGAGGAAGAGGUAAAAAAGCAAUGAAGAUGAUUUAUCAAGGAAUUGAUAAACUCCGAGAAACGCAAAUUGGGGAAGGUACACAGGUGGAAACUGAUGCAAAGGUUGAAUUUCAGUUCCCACCAGGAUCUUUAUCUGAAUGGGGAGAUGUGACUUAUGAAAUUGAGGAGAAAAACCCAUAUGGGGAGGAGGACAACGUGGAAAGCCUUGAGGGAGUGGAAUUUGGUGUUUUAUCAAGAGAGGGGGAAGGAAGAGGGAGUAGAAAAAGUGGGGUGAAAAUGCCAUGGGAGAGUGAGGUGAAAAUUGUGUAUAGGAGAAUGAAGAAUGAGAAAGUUGUCACGACUGCAGAGUCGAAUCUUGAUGCAAUGUUGCUUGAGAGAUUGAGGGGUGAGGCUGCAAGGAUUCAGAAGUGGGUGAAGGUUAAGAAAGCCGGAGUUACCCGAACUGUUGUUGAUCAAAUCCACUUUAUUUGGAAGAAUAAUGAACUUGCAAUGCUCAAAUUUGACCUGCCUCUAUGCCGUAAUAUGGACAGAGCUCGAGAAAUUGUUGAGAUGAAGACUGGAGGCUUUGUUGUUUGGAUGAAGCAAAAUGCUCUGGUUGUUUAUAGAGGAUGUAGCUAUACUUUACAACAGAGGGAGCUACAGCAUGAUUUUCUCUGUAAUCACCAGAACUCUUCAUUUACUGAAAAUAUUAAAGAGACAAGUAUUUUCUCACCAUUGAACUCAAGUGGGAGCAGUGAAGAUGAAAUGAUAAGUGUUGGAAACUCAGAAGAGGAUAGCCUAGCAAUGAAUGAGUCACUUUAUGUGAGGGAAGCUAAUAGAUUGUUGGAUGACUUAGGACCUCGUUAUGUUGAUUGGUGGUGGCCAAAGCCUUUGCCUGUGGAUGCGGAUUUACUUCCUGAAGUAGUUCCUGGAUUUAAGCCACCAUUUAGACUUUGCCCACCACGUUCAAGAUCAAAGCUGACAGAUGAUGAACUUACACAAUUAAGGAAACUUGCUCGUUCUUUGCCAACUCAUUUUGUCCUUGGGAGAAACAGAAAACUGCAAGGCUUGGCUGCAGCAGUCGUAAAGUUGUGGGAGAAAUGUCACAUAGCAAAGAUAGCUUUGAAGUGGGGAAUUCCAAAUACUAGCAAUGAGCUAAUGGCAAAUGAGUUAAAGCAUCUUACAGGAGGAGUCCUUUUAUUGCGGAAUAAGUUCUUUAUAAUCCUAUACAGAGGCAAGGAUUUUCUUCCUUCUCAAGUUGCAAACAUUGUUGCUGAAAGGGAGGUGGAGCUCACAAGAUGUCAGCUUGAGGAAGAAGUUGCACGAUUCAAAGCAAUUGAAACUCUUUCAAUCACUAUGGAAGUAUCAAUGAGCAGUAGUAGUGUUGGGACUUUAUCAGAAUUCCAGACAAUUGCAGAACCUGGAAAGGAGAAAUCUGAGGUUGAAGUUCAAUUAAUGUCUGAAAAGGAAAGAUUAGAAAAAGAACUGAGGAAUCAACAGCACAGCCUUUACAUUCUCAAGAAGAAGAUUGAAAAAUCAUCUAUAGCACUGGGAAAGCUAAAUGCUGCCUGGAGACCUGCCAAAGAGGAUGAUGAUAAAGAAAUCUUAACACAGGAAGAAAGACGAUCUCUUAGGCAGAUAGGAUUGAAGAUGAACCGGAGUUUAGUUCUUGGGAGACGUGGUGUUUUUGAUGGUGUCUUAGCUGGUCUCCAUCAGCAUUGGAAGCACAGAGAAGUUAUUAAGGUGAUCACAAUGCAGAAAAUCUUUUCUCAGGUCAUUCAUACUGCAAAGCUCCUGGAGACAGAAAGUGGUGGAAUACUGAUUUCUGUUGACAAAAUUAAAGAAGGCCAUGCAAUGAUAAUUUAUCGGGGAAAGAACUACAGACGCCCGGAGUCAGUUCCUCAAAAUCUUCUAAACAAAAGACAAGCUUUAUGUCGGUCCCUGGAAAUGCAGAGACUUGGAUCAUUGAAGUUUUAUGCAAAUCAAACGGAGCAGGCAAUCUCUGAUCUUAAGUUGAAGUUGGUAGAAUAUACAGUAAAGAUUGGUCAAAUGGGGGAGAUCUAAAGCUUGUGGUGCAGUCAUAACUACUAUUGCUCUUGAUCUCUGUCUUGACAUGGUCUACAUAUAUCAGCGCGAAGAGAAUUCACCCAUUAGCUAGGAUGGUGGUGGACUGCAGAUGCAAUGGAUUGAUAGAGUAACAUUGCUAACAUUACAUAAUAGACAAUUUCAAAGGACUGAUACUUGUUGCAUGAUCUGGAAUUACCUGUCGAAGCAUUAAGUAGGCCCACCUCUACACUUGAAAGCAAUAAAACAGACAUUUGGAGGAGGGAGAAGAUGAACAUACUACAGGGAUUUGUUCCAUACAGCACAGAGUCGGUUUGAACUACUGCAGAAAUGUUUUAUACCACUCAAUGGAAGAUUGCAUUACAAGGACCUGUUCUUACCACACAUUGACUUUUAAAAUUAAGUUCUUUUUAGCUUAAUCGAGGAGUGGCAAAUCCACACUGCAGUAAAAGAUGGUUGUGAUGCAGGAUGAGAUGGGUGUUACCAGGAGGAUUCAUUGUUAUUUAGCGAUCAUCAAUCCAGAGUGUAGUGCACCUAUGGCUUAUCCUUCAUUUAACACAAGACUACGACAUAGGUGUUAGUGUAAUUUAUCAAAACAAGUGUGGUCAGGUUGUGGCUGCUCAUUUACAGCAGGAGACGAUAAUAUAUAAUUUGGAUGACAGCCUUGGGUAUUUUACGUUGG